GGCCCCGCCCCGGCUGCUUCUCCUCCUCCGUCCUUAAGACUCCGCCUCUUUUCCCUCUACACCGUCACGUGGGCACCCACACCUCAUCAGGAGAGAAGCACCGGGCAUGCGCCUGAUUCCAAGCGUUUUCACCUUCCCACUAUCCGGACUUCAUUUCCCAAGAGGCUGCGUGAGGUCAGGUGACCCAGGACCCACGGCAUUGUGGGAGUGAUCAUUGAGUACUCUUAGCGCGCUUGCGUAGUUUCUUUCUGGCCCGGGAGUUUCAGGGAAUGCGCAUGUGGGAGAGGCGCGUGCCCGGCGGAGGGCGCGUGGACGUGCGCGCGCUCCCGGGCCUGGAGGCGUGUCUGUGAUGUGCGAGCCUGAGGUUGUGUCCGGGACUCCCCGGGCUCCGCCUGGUCUCCUGCUGUGUGGCCGGGCCACCUCCCAGGCAGCCUCGGGAGGGGGAGCGCCUCCCGCAUCUUACAGAAGGGGAAACUGAGGCAGGCCGGCCAGUGCCCGAGGCUGGAUUGGUCUGAGGUCUCCGGGCCGGCGCCAUGUGAGACACCGUCCCUGCGUCCGGCGGGGGAGGAGGGCUCUCUGGUUCUCUCUCAUCCUGCUGGGGGCUGUGGGUGGGUGCGGGCAGCCCUGGGGGAGAGCCCGUCCCUCCUGCCCUGCUGGUGUCCCCCGGGGGGCGGGGGGAGACAGACCUGGCGGGGAGACCUCUCCCGGAGCUCCGGGGCAGUGGCUGAGGAACAGCAGCAGCAUCUGGGGCCAGGAGGGGCAGGACGUGUCCGUUGGGAGCGCCCGCAGGCGGACCUGGGCCCAGUGACCAUGGAGAGUGGGACAGAGGCCCCAGACUCCGCCCUCCCCCGAGCCGUAAGCCGAGGUCAGCAUGAAGAGGGAACGACCCCUGGGCUCCUGGUGGCCCCCAGCUCCCUGGUAUCACUGACCUUCGGGGACGUGGCUGUGCUCUUCAGCCCAGAGGAGUGGAAACGCUUGAACCCAGCUCAGAAGAUCCUGUACCGGGAGGUGAUGCUGGAGAACUAUGAGCACCUGGUCUGUGUGGGGCUUCUCGUCUCCAAGCCAGAGCUGAUCUCAAAGCUGGAAGAUUGGGGAGGCUCAUGGACGUUGUUGGAGGGAGAGCCCAGAAGCCCCUGUCCAGAACUUGAGACUAGGCUGGAGACCCAAAAGACAGUUCAGAAGAUGGGCAUUUCUAUGGAAGAAUCAUUGAAUGAUGAUCAUAAAAGCGUUGUUCCUUGGGAUUUUAAACCUGGAGAAACUUGUAGUCGUGAUAUCAAGUUUGAGAGAUAUCAGUGCCACAAGGAGAGAGACUGGAAGCCAGGAACAGCUACUCAGGAAAAAAUUCCUAAUGAAGCAAGAAUCCAUGAAUAUAACAAAUCUAGGGGCAAUUUCAGUUCACAGUCAGUCUUUGGUUUACACAGGAAUGGUUUUUCUGAACAGGAACUUUAUAACUGUGAUACACAUGAAAAUAAUUUUAAGCCAUCUUCAGGCCUGAGUAGUCAUAAUGGAAUCCCAGGAAAGAAAUCUCACAAGGAUAAUGAAUAUAAUAAAACCUUUAGUGAAUGCACAGACCUUAUUCAGGAUUACAAAAUAGCAACUAAAGCAAAUCCUUAUAUAGAAUUUGGCAGAGCUUUCCAUCACAGACAAUCACCUCAACAUCACAGAAGCCAUUCUGCAGGAAAACUUUAUCCCUGCAGAGACUGUGAAAGAGCGAUAAGCCAGCAGACACACCUGAUUGCACAUCAGGAAAUUUAUGAUGGAAGAGAACCCUGUAUUUGUAGCGAUUGUGGGAAUUCCUUAAGCAAUAGUUCAUCCGUUGUUCUGUGUCACAUAAUUCAUAGUGGGCAGAAAUUCUAUGAAUGUCACAAAUGUGGGAAGCUCUUCAGUAAUUACAUGAGCUUUUUGAUACAUCAGAAAAUUCAUUCUGGAGAAAAACCCUAUAAGUGUAGUAAAUGUGAAAAAGCUUUUACUCAGAGACAAAUCCUUAUUGAACAUCAGAAAAUCCAUUCUGGAGAGAAACCAUAUAAAUGUAGUGAAUGUGGAAAAGCUUUUACUCUGAAGGGAACUCUUACUGAACAUCAAAAAAUCCAUUCUGGAGAGAAACCAUUUAAAUGUAGUGAAUGUGGAAAAGCUUUCACACAACGAGGAAGCCUUAUUGAACAUCAAAGAAUUCAUAGUGGGGAAAAGCCAUAUAAAUGCAAUAUUUGUGAGAAAAAUUUUAGUCAUCCAAGAAGCCUCACACUUCAUCUGAAAAUUCAUUCCGGGGAGAAACCUUAUAAAUGUAGUGAAUGUGGAAAAGCUUUUAUCCAGAGGGGAUCCCUCACUGAACAUCAAAAAACUCAUUCUGGGGAAAAACCCUAUGUAUGUGACAAAUGUGGAAAAGCUUUCACCCAAAAGGGAUCCCUUACUGAACAUCAGAAAAUUCAUUCUGGGGAGAAACCUUUUAAAUGUAGUGAAUGCGGAAAAGCUUUCCCUAGAAAGGGAAAACUUAAUGAACAUCAGAAAAUUCAUACUGGGGAGAAACCCCAUAAAUGUAGCAUAUGUGCAAAAGCCUUCAUCCAAAGACAUCGUCUUACCAAACAUCAAAGAAUUCAUUCUGGAGAGAAACCUUUUAAAUGUAGGGAAUGUGGAAAAGCCUUCACCCAGAGAGGGUAUCUUACUGAACAUCUGAAAACUCAUACUGGAGAAAAACCCUAUAAAUGUAAUGUAUGUGAAAAAGCUUUCAGCCAGAAAGGAGACCUUUCUCGACAUGAAAAAAGUCAUACCGGAGAGAAACCUCAUAAAUGUGAAUGUGGAAAAGCUUUCAGCCGGAAGUUAUAUCUUACUCAACAUCAGAAACUUCACAGUGGGGAGAAAUCUUGUAAUAAUGCUUGUAAUAUGUUCCCUGCGCGCUUGCGCAAUUUCCCCUUGUUUCCCACCCUCCCCCCCCCCCCGGAGUUUCGGGGAGCGCGGAAGAUCGGGAGGCGCGUGCCCGGCGGCACCCGCAUGCCCGUGCGCGCGCGCGCGCUCCUGGAUCUGGAGAGCUCCCAGGCAGUGGCUGAGGACAAGGAGCAGAAGCCGAGGCCUUGGGGGGCAGGACGUGUGGCCAGUCAGAGGCCCCAGGAGGAGGUGACCAUGGAGAGUGGGACAGAGACCCAAGACUCUGCUGUCCCCCGAGACAUGAGCAGAGAUCAGCAUGAAGAGGGAACGACCCCUGGGCUCCUGGUGGCCCCCAGCUCCCUGGUAUCACUGACCUUCGGGGACGUGGCUGUGCUCUUCAGCUCAGAGGAGUGGAGACACUUGAACCCAGCUCAGAAGAUCCUGUACCGGGAGGUGAUGCUGGAGAACUAUGAGCACCUGGUCUGUGUGGGGCUUCUCGUCUCCAAGCCAGAGCUGAUCUCACAACUGGAAGGUUGGGGAGACCCAUGGAUGCUGUUGGAGGGAGAGCCCGGAAGCCCCCGUCCAGACCAAAAUAGUAGUCUUGAGACCAAGAAGAAAAUUCUAAAGCAAAUCAUUUUGGUGGAAAAAUCAUCCCAGGAAAGAUCCUCAAGAGAUCAUCCCAGGAAUUUUAAGUUUGGAGAAGUUGGCAGUUAUGGCCAGAGGAUUAACAGACAUCAAGGCAACCAGAAAAGAGGCUUAAGGCAAGGAAAGAAAGUUUCUAAUAAGUCAAGAGAGCGUAAAUAUGUAUUUAGGAAAACUUUCCGUCAAAAAUCAGUCCUUGAAAUACAAAGGAAUAUUCCUUCAGAAAAGAAUCUCCAUAAAUAUGAUACACAUGGAAAUAGCUUUAAAUUGUAUUCAGACUUGAAUAGUUAUAAUGGAAUCUCUUCGGGAAGAAAAUCUCAUAUGAUUAAUGCUUACAACAAGGCCUUCAGUUACCAUUCAGACCUUAUUCGCUAUCACAGGAUAAUAGCUAGAGAAAAACCCUAUGCAUCUGAUGAAUUUGGUAGAGUCUUCCAGCAGAGGCGACACCUUACUCGACAUCACAGAAUUCGACCUGGAGAUAAACCUUAUACGUGUACAGAAUGCGGGAAGACCUUUAGUCGAAUUCCCUAUCUUAUGCUACAUCAGAGGAUUCAUACUGGAGAGAAGCCCUAUAAAUGUAAUGUAUGUGAAAAAGCCUUUUGCCAAAGAGGACAUCUCACUGAACAUCAGAGAAUUCAUACUGGAGAAAAACCCUAUCAAUGUAACAUAUGUAAAAAAGCGUUUACUCAGAGUGGACAUCUUACUGAACAUCAAAAAAUCCAUAAUGGAGAGAAACCCUACAAAUGUAGCGAAUGUGGAAAAACCUUUAGCAAUAAAUCAUCCCUUAUUCUACAUUGCAGAUUUCAUACUGGAGAAAAACCAUAUAAAUGUUAUGAAUGUGGAAAAGGCUUCACCAACAGCUCAGUCCUUAUUGUGCACCAGAGAAUUCACACUGGAACCAAACCCUAUAAAUGCCACGAUUGUGGGAAGGCCUUCCUUCAGUAUAUAGGCCUUGUAGUCCAUCAGAGAAUUCAUACUGGAGAAAAACCUUAUAAAUGUCACAUAUGUGAAAAAGCCUUCAGCCAGAGUGGACAUCUCAGUGAACAUCAUAAAAGUCACAAUGGAGAAAAACCCUAUGAAUGUAAUGAGUGUGGGAGAGCCUUCAGCAAUACCUCAUCCCUUAUUCUGCAUCACAGAAUUCAUACUGGAGAAAAACCUUACAAAUGUAAUGAGUGUGGGAAAGCCUUUAGUAACAGCUCAGUUCUUACUGUACAUCAAAGAAUUCACACGGGAUCAAAACCAUAUAAAUGUCUUGAAUGCGGGAAGGCCUUUCUCCAGUGUAUAGGUCUUAUUGUACAUAGGAGAACUCAUACUGGAGAGAAACCCUAUAAAUGCAAUGUAUGUAAAAAAGCCUUCAGUCAAAGGGGACACCUCACUCAACAUUUGAAAAUUCAUAAUGGAGAGAAGCCCUACACAUGCAGUGAGUGUGGAAAAGCUUUUACCCAGAGGGGACACCUUACUGAACAUCGGAGAAUUCACAGUGGAGAGAAACCAUAUACAUGUAAUGAAUGUGGUAAAGCUUUUAGCAAUCACUCACACCUCACUCUCCAUCACAGAAUUCACACUGGAGAGAAGCCCUAUAAAUGUAGUGAAUGUGGAAAAGCUUUCAGUCAAAGGGGUCACCUCACUGAACACCAAAGAAUUCAUACUGGGGAGAAGCCUUACAAAUGUACUGAAUGCAGCAAAGCCUUUAGCAGCCGUUCACGGCUCACACUACAUCAUAGAAUUCAUACCACAGAAAAACCACGUAAACGUCGUGAACGUAAAAAAGCCAUCCCCCACGAUGUGGACCUUCCUCAGUGUCAGAGAAUGAAAACUGGGGGGAAGUGUCAUAAAUGUACUGAAUGUAGCAAAGCCUUCCGAAGCAACUCUUCCCUAGCUCUUCAUCAGAGGAUUCACAAUGGAGAAAAGCCCUAUGAAUGUAGUGAAUGUGGAAAAGCAUUUACCCGGAGAAUAUAUCUUACUAAACACCAGAGACUUCAUAAUGGGAUGAAAACUUAUAAAUGUAGUACAUGUGGUGAGAAUAGUACUCAGUGUACAUGUCUUAUGCAACAUAAGAUAAUUCACUCUAGAGAGACACCUUCCACGUCUGGUAAUUAUUCAGAAACCUUCAAUAAUAAUUCAUCUCUUACUCCACAUUCCAAAAAUCAUAAUAGGAAAAAAUCCUUUGAAUGUUAUGAAUGUGGAAAGCCUUUCAGCAGUCGUGCAGGCCUUAUUGUACAUCUGAGAGUUCAUACAGGAGAGAAACCAUACAAAUGUAACAUAUGUGAAAAAGCCUUCAGUCAGAGAGGACAUCUAACUGAACAUCAAAAAAUUCAUAAUGGAGAAAAGCCCUAUAAAUGCAGUGACUGUGGAAAAGCCUUUAGCCGGAGAAUGUACCUUACUCAGCAUCAAAGAAUUCACACCGGAGUUAAACCUUAUAAAUGCAACAUAUGUGGUAAGGCCUUCACCCAAUCUUCAGGCCUUACACAGCAUCAGAUAAUUCAUUCUAGAGAGAAACUCUACAAAUGUAGUGAAUGUGGGAAAGCCUUCGGUAACAGCUCAUCACUUAACUUACAUCAGCAAAUACAUGUGGAAGAGAAACCUUAUAAAUGUAAUGAAUGUGGAAAAAUUUUUAGUAAUCAGUCAUCUUUUCAUCUACAUCAGAGAACUCAUACAGAAGAAAAACCCUAUAUAUGUAGUGAAUGUGGAAAAAUCUUUAGCAACAAUUCAUCCCUUGAUCUACAUCAGAGAAUUCAUUCCACAGACAAACCCUAUAAAUGUAAUGAAUGUGGAAAAACCUUUAGUCAGCAGGGAGGUCUUGCUCAGCAUCAAAAAAUUCAUAAUGGGGAGAAACCGUAUAAGUGUAAUGAAUGUGGGAAAGCUUUCAUUUAUAGUAUGCAACUCACUCGACAUAUGAGAACUCAUACUGGGGAGAAGCCCUAUAAAUGUAGUGAAUGUUCUAAAGCCUUCAGUGAAAGCUCAUCCCUUAUUGUCCAUCAGAGAAUUCAUUCUGGAGAAAAGCCAUAUAAAUGUAACGGAUGUGGGAAAGUCUUCAGUGCACAGGGGAGCCUUACAAAUCAUCAGAGAAUCCAUACUGGAGAGAAACCUUAUAAUUGCAGCGAAUGUGGGAAAUCUUUCAGCUCCAGCUCAUCCCUUGCGAGACAUAAAAGAACACAUACUGGGGAAAAGCCCCAUAGAUGUCUUCAAUGUGGGAAAGCCUUUACUCACAGGUCAUCCUUUACUGUACAUCAGAGAAUUCAUACUGGGGAGAAACCCUACAAAUGUAGUGAGUGUGGAAAAGCUUUCAAUGAGGGAAGAGGACUUCUUCAACAUCAGAGAAUUCAUACUGAAAAGAAAUUCUAGUUCAGUGAUUUUGGGACAAACUUCCCCCAAUUGAAAAAUUAUUUGGGAUCAGAAAAUUCAUGCUUGACAGAAAAAUAAUACAAAUAAUAUGUAUGUGAAAAGACCUUGUGGAUUAGUGCAGGUAUCAGAGACUUCAUAAAAAGGGAUGAACUCUUGUUAUAAAUACCGGGAAGCUUAAGAUUUGUUAACGGAUGUAUCUGAGAAUUAUGAUAAUUAGUUUUUCAUUGGGGAAUUGAGAGAAAAAAAGGUUUCCCUAGACAUUUGCCUCUUCCCUACAACACACCUGGCCACAGUACAUUUGUAUAGAUCCAAGUAAGAGGUUCAAGGUGUGAGACCUAGCAGCUCUUGGCCUCUUAGCUUUCUAGAAUAGAAAAAAAAGGAAUCUGUUCCUUAAAACAUUUUAGUAAGAUAACACAGGAAAUAUAAAGAUGCUAAUAACCUGAAUUUCUACUGAGAUAUAUUUAUAGGCAGCUCUGUUAAUUGUGAGCACCAAUUCACAUCAUUUUUAUUGAUGUACAUCUAACAGUUCUCAAUGGCCAUCGUCAUGAAACCUGAUUGAUAGCUUGUUCUUUGGAAUCUAAAAAAAGAUGGGGGGUGGGUGAAUAUGGAUCUUAUAAUUUGGAGAUAUAUAGAGAAAAGGUGAUGGGAAGUUGUUCCAGAAGUACAGAAACUCAAUAGUGAGUGGUGUUUGUGCACCUCUCCAUGGAAAUGAAGGAUCUGGCAGUUAUUUAACAAUGUGGAGUAGAAACCAAAUGAGACAGAAACUGUCAUUCUGGGCUCCCCAGGGUAUUCUCCAUCCCAAAGUUUUGGGUGUCCUUAUUCUCAUCCCUUCCCUGCCCUAGACUUUCAAAUUGCAUCUUGAUCUCCCCAUCACAUUUCUUCCCAGCAUCUUAGAUGUAUCAGCAUGGUUAAUUUGCAUUCCUAAUUAGGGUAACUAUGAAACAGACAUCUCUUCUAUCCCUCCAGGCAGUGUGAGUUAAUUAAGCUGAAGGAAUCUGCCAUUGGAAAUGUCCUAGGUUCUAUCACAGAUUUUAGACUUUUAAGGGAGGUCUUUGGAGUUGCUUCAAAUCACAGUAUCACCUACAUAAAAGGGCAGCUUGAGGAUCAAAUAGUGGAGAAGGAUUGUGCUUUCCUUAGGGCCCUCCAGGGACAAUGCCCUAGAGACUGUAAACAGGAGAGUUAGGAGUGUGACAGAAACAAGUGAAAUGAUCAAAAGACAGUUUAAGAGCAUAGGGACUUCCUGGGGAGGCCACACUGAAAGGGAGGGUUCUUUCCAGCUCCCAGGAGAGGAGGGCGUUGCUGGGUUUCAGGCUCAGGCUGCUCAAAUCACCUAAGUCUAAGGUUUCUCUAGCCCUGACUGAAGCAACUUUGGGUGACAAGGACAGAACCAGCAGCCCUUACCUGUGCUCUGGAAGUUUCUCAAACUUUGGAACUAUGGACACCCACCAAAAUACCAGGGAAUGUUUAGUGGAGAGCAUCUUCUCAGGGAAGAUCAUCUUUCUGGCAUGGGAUACUCUCUAGGGAGAGCAAGCCUUUGGGAAAGGAGGUUGAGUUGUGGGACACCCGGACUGGAGGAGUAGGCCUGUAGACCUCGGGGAAUUGAGAGACAGUAUAUCUGAAUUCAUUGAGGACUCAAGGGUGGUGAAAAUAACUUGCAUGUCUGACUGAUUGGCUUUAUGAAUGUCUUUUGUUCUCCUACUUCAGUCAUUUCCAAACCCCAGUUGAGCUCUUCUUGAAACAACAAAAGCAUGAGACCAAUGAUAGUUCAAACAAAAUGUUUUACGUAUUUAUAUACACAGACACAUAUGUUUUUCUACAGAGACAUUCCGUGCCUUUCUACCGAAAGGGAAGGGCUUGGUUGUGAUUUCUCAGAGUUAACCUUUUUAAAAUUUCUACUGUUAUCAUCACUCUAUGCUUUUUUCUCCUGGUUCUGCUUCUUUACUCUUAGUCCGUUCAUAAGUUAUUCUUAUGUUUCUGCAUUCCACGUAAUUUUAGUUUCUUAGAGCACAAUACAACAUCCCCUUGCAUUCAUAUACCCUUUUCCCCAAAUGUCAGCCCUGCACUGACCACCUGGGUGGGUCCCAGCUGCCCUGUUCUCACCUGCCUCCUGCAGAUCUGCAGUGUGCUUCAGGGCAGCCCCUGACACUGUCAGGAGCACCUGAACUUAAAUCCAGGCUCAGACGCUCGUGAGAUAUGUGACCCUGAACAAGUCCCUUAGCAUGUUUGCUCAACUGUUAAACUGACAUAAUAAGAGCACCUUUUUCCUGGAGGUGAUGGUGGGGAUCAAAUAAGGUAAUAUUUGUGCAGCGCUUGGCAUAGCAUGCUGACAUGCCUGGCUCGGAGGAGCUACUGGAGAGAUGCUUAUUCCCUUCCCUUCUCCUCUGCCCUUCAGUGGGGAGGACACAUGAAGGUCCAUAGCUGGAGAUCCUUUGUACCAGACCCAUGGAAACAUCGAUAGUUACCAGGCCCUUGGCCAGGUGAGAAAGACAUCCCAAUGGCAAAGAAUCAUGUAAAGAACCCACCACCUGCAUAUGCAGAGAAGGAAACCUAAAUCUUGGGGGUUAGGUACCUCCCCAAGGACACACUUUAAACGGCAGAGUAUCUGACAUCAAACCUAGCCCUCUUUCCACGACACCCAUCCGAAGGUCAUAACUGAAGGGGCUCAGGAGCCAGCUUCUAGGAUGUGGGAGAGCAGCAUAGGCAGCUCCAUGGACAAAAGGAAUGGACUCAUUAGUACCUUAGAGUAGGGGAAAAGAGGUACUUUGGCUUCUCACAGAUGCAUCCAGAAAGGACCUGUUCCCACUGGAGAAAGUCUUCUGUCAUUGAGCUGCCCUCCUCACAUCCCAUCCUGCCACCCAAGUGGAGGUGUUAGCAUGCUGCUUUGGUUGUGCUUUUUCCUUGUUGUCCCCACCCUUGGACACAUCAAAAUCUCCUUUGUGAGAGUAAAAAUGUGCUGUAAUAAAUGGCCUGCUGCUUUAAGAACAUACCACCUUGUCUUUUUCUGGUAGGAAACUUGUGAGUUUCCAAAUGUUAACAUCAUCCUUGCUUUGCUGAGAGAAGAUACUCCCAUGGGAACUGGUGAGCAACAGUGGGCACCAGGGAGAAGCCCUCCCCAUCCAGUUCUCUCCAGAUCUACAGAAUAUUAGAAUCUCAUCCCAAGCCAAAAGUCAGUUCAUUUUGCUUGUUUCAACGACUGAGGAAACAAAGGUUUCUUGUGGAUGAUUGUGAGUUACAGAAAGAAUGGAUAGGCUUCCACAGUAUGAGGUCCUUAGCAAAGUGCAGCAUCAGCAGCUUCCAUUCUCCAGCAACAUCCUCAAGUGCUACUGAUUGGCUGUGAUGUGGAGGAACCAGUACCUAGCUUUAGAGAACUGGGGGUUUUCUUUCCUUACAGAAGGAAACUACCAAAAUGAUUUCCCCAGCAGAAGUGGUUGGAAAGAUAGGGACUUCAUGGGGGCUUAGUCUAUGUGCUGUAACUUAUCAGCCAAUCUCUUCCCUAACACCCUCUUGUUGGUUCAAAGGAUUAAAUGCACUGGAAUUACCAGUUGGUCAGCGCAUUUAUUAUUCUUAAGUGCUUACAAUGUGCCAGGGGUGCAAAAAAGAACAAAAACUGUCUUCGUUCAUGUUUUAGUGAAGGUGACAUGUAACCUGAAUCCUAUUUCACAUAUGAGAAAUAUACAGUGUAACUAAAAGCAAAUCUCAGAGCAAAGGCACCAGAAAUGACUUGCAGAAGGUGGGAGUUAAAGAGUUUCUGGAAGGAAGCCUGGGAAACUAAGAACUGGGGAGGGGACAACAUAGUGUUCCCAGCACAGAGAGCAUCUAGAGUCAGGAGGUGAAGUAUUAUAAGCAUACACCUGAAUUGUAGAGCUUGUAAAGAGACUGGAAAUGUAGGGAAAAGGCAGAUUGUGAGACUUAAAAAAAACAAAAACAAAAACAGAGGAUUUUAUAUUUGAUCCUAGAGAUAAUCAGGAGCAAUUAAGGUUUAUUGAAUAGGAGGGAAAUGAUCUGAUAUGGUC